ACUUCGACGUCGUCGUCCACCCGAAAUGGAAGGCAAAUAAGUGGACUGCAAAUAUCGAGCAUGCGACUCUCGAAGGCCUCAAAGAUUAUAUACGUAAGAUGUAUCAACCACCCGCACUUGAAAAUGAUGGGGCAGAACUCAAUGAAUGAUGGAGAGAAAUAUUUCCCUCAUAAUGAUCAAGACCUUCGUGAGAUGCUCCGCAUAUUUGUAUCAAAGAACAAUCUCAAGUUUACCGUGUUCAUAGAAACGCCCUCAAAAGCUUUCUCAGAUUGGUCUUUCCCAAAAGUGUGUCAGCUUUACGAACUCUGUGAAUCGGAUGACCCAUCAUUGUCAGUAUUCCCGCCUUUCACUUGCGAGUACAAAGACUUGGAAAAUGAUUCUCCCCGGAAUUUAAAACUAGAGCAGGAUCAGGCAGAAAGAGAAUCUAAGAAAAAUCGCAAAUUCCAGACUAGAUGCAUCCAGAUAGCUAAGGAAAUUCUUAAUGAUGAGCCUAUGAUCGAAUAUCGCCCUUCUUUCUUGAAUGGAUUAGAGCUUGAUGCUUUCUUCCAAAAACAUCAAAUUGCGUUGGAAGUACAAGGGGCUCAGCAUCGUUUUCAUAGCACUAGCUGGUAUAAGGAUGUUAAGAAACUCGAAGACAUCGUUAAUCGUGAUCGGCAAAAAGAUGCAUGUGUCAAGAUAAUGGAAUCUUCCUGCUUGAGGUAUGGUACGAUGAAAACCCAGAAAUUGUCAUCCCCAAAAGAAUACAAAAAAUUAAGAGUUUCAUUGAUCAAGCAUCCAGAAUUUUCGACUUAUAGUCAAUUCAUAAUGUAUAACUUAAUAUCUAACCACAGACAAAUGUUUAAUAUGUAUAUCUUAUAA